CAUAAACAAAAAUGGCGGACGUUGACAAGUGGAUAGAAAUUGCGAAAGAGUGCAAGUAUUUGCCUGAAAGUGACCUUAAGUCUGAGUUCGUUAACCUAAGUGGUUCGAGAUGGUCCGAGUUAGAUGUGGGCCGAGUUGGACUGUAACCAGCAAAAUAAAUGGAUAAAAUUCAGAAAUUAUGUGAGACAGUGUGUGAAUUAUUGUUAGAAGAAGGAAACAUUCAACCGGUGUCAUGUCCGGUAACUGUAUGUGGGGACAUUCAUGGACAGUUCUAUGACUUAGAGGAACUAUUUCGAACGGGUGGUCAAGUUCCGGACACUAAUUACAUCUUUAUGGGUGAUUUUGUGGACCGAGGAUACUAUAGUUUAGAAACCCUCACCCGGCUCCUCUCUCUUAAGGCAAAAUGGCCACACAAGAUAACUCUACUUAGAGGAAACCACGAAUCACGUCAGAUUACUCAAGUGUAUGGAUUUUAUGAUGAGUGCCAAAACAAGUAUGGGAAUGUGAAUGCUUGGAAAUACUGCUGCAAGGUGUUUGAUCUUCUUACUAUAGCUGCUAUUAUUGAUGAUGAAGUUCUGUGUGUCCAUGGAGGUUUGUCUCCAGAAAUCAAUACCCUUGACCAGAUCAGAACAAUAAACCGAAAUCAGGAGAUUCCCCAUAAAGGUGCCUUCUGUGACUUGGUAUGGAGUGACCCUGAAGAGAUAGAUUCAUGGUCUAUGUCUCCUCGGGGAGCUGGUUGGCUCUUUGGUGCCAGAGUUACUCAUCAGUUUACUGAAACUAACAACUUAAAGCUCAUAUGUAGAGCUCACCAACUUGUCAAUGAAGGUAUCAAGUACAUGUUUGAUGGUAAGCUGGUAACAGUGUGGUCAGCUCCCAACUAUUGCUACCGUGCUGGCAACGUGGCCUCCAUUCUCAGCUUUACAUCAACCAAUGAGAAGCAUGCAAAGUUAUUUGAUGCAGUGCCAGAGGACAAGAGAGUAAUUCCUCCAGUUCACACAACACCAUAUUUCCUCUGAAGUGAGGUACAAGACAAGAGCCAUUGUUUGUGUAUAUUUGUCAACAAAUGUGUUUAUCCUGCCUCCAUGUGAACGGGUAUGCGGUAGGCGUUUCCCCUGGUCAGAGUACAGUAUAUUUGAUCAAACAGUAUAAUUUGUUAAUUCUGAAACUCGUUUUAAACUAAGUACAAAGUUUAAAAAGAAUUUCACCUGUCUGCAGUCUAUAAAUUCAGUCUCAUUUGUAUUUUAAAAGUCAGUAUUGCACCUUAUCUUUAAAUUUCAUUAAUGUAUAGUUAGAAUCUUGCUAUUAACUUCUGAAAAUAUUGAAGCUUAUAUUGAUCAGUAUAUCUUUAUAUUUUUAUUAAUAUGUUGGCAGGGGAAACCUCUGCACCUGAAUGUUCAAGUGACAAGGGUCUUUCUUGACAACUCCCGAGACAGCCUGCUUUCCAGGUAUCUGAGUAAGGCUUAAUCCACGUGCCUUGAUGCUCAGAUUGGAAUGAGUGUCGCUAUUCCAUUUUGUGACUCAAGUAUCUAUAACAGUUGUGAUUAGGCCAUGUUCAUAUAAUUUUUAUUAGUAUUAUUGUUAUGGUUAUUGUUAUUUUUUUGGCCAAAGUUGUUUCAUUAGGAAUCUGAAAAUUAAGACACUUAUUCCAUCAAAAUUAGCCAAGCCAAGUUGAUUUGAUAUAGGUGGGUCAAAUCAGUGAGGGCUGAAUAUUCUUUGUUACUUAAUGGUGCUGAUCAUGCUGAUGCUAAGGUAGGACUUUUAUUUAUUUUUUCUAAAAAAUAUAAAUUCCUCCCAAGGAAAGUUCUGAGCCAGUAUGUGAUUAUUUUGUGUCAUCAAAACUUUUUGUUUUUGCUCCGUUCUAUCAAUUUGGGCAGGCUAAGUUUUAUUGUAUGCAGUUCAGUUCCUUAAUGCAAUAAGUUUUGCAUUUAAGAGUUCAGAAAUACCAUAUACAAUAAAGUUUAUAAGGUGAAACCAGUAUUUCCUCUAGAUUUUAUUAUAUUGUAUAUAAGUUAGAGAAGUUUUGGAGGGAAUGUACCACCAUUCAGAUAAAAAAGAAACAAACUGGUGAAAGUAUUAAUUGGGAGGUAAACUUCACACACAUGGUGUAAGUGAUCUCUGUUGUAUGUGAUGGUGUUAAAGGCUAACUGACCAUGUUAUACACACCUCUAUAGAAGCACGGCGUGAAUCUUAAAUAGUCAAGGUGAUACAUGCACAAAAAAACAUCAUUAAUCUAGUGUAAUUUCCUCCUUUUCUCACAAACAGUAUCAGAUUCACUUUUGUCACAUUGACAAUGGGUUCUUGGUGGCAAGGUAGGGUAGUUUACUGAUCAUUCCUCUUGCAUUGUAGAAUGGGUAUGACAUAGAUCCUCAGUCAGAUGAAUGCUGUAGUUUGCUAUGAGCUCAGUGUGACCAUAUGCAUCUGUCAACUGGUUAAUGUACUUUAUUCUGUAUCUUUGUGAGCUCUCCUCCAUACAGCAUCACACAGGUAAUGAUAUACAGUACCUAUGUGAGUAUGGCAGUAUUUAUAUAUAUCCAGAUGGUAUUGUUCUUUUCAUGACUUUCUGUAAACAUCAGGAGUUAAAAUCUAGACUAGAGUAAGUCAUAUAAAUAUAACUGAUGUUACUUUUGAAAUGGUCACAAUGAAGCUUCUUUUAAAUCAAUGUGAUAGGAUGGAGUAGAAUUUGAGAAUGGUAUUAGGGUAUUUAUUAUUUUCAUUUAAAGGUAGGAUAUGGUAAACAAUGGUAUAUGAUACUGAAGUUGUAGAUCCCUGUGGGACACUCAAUUUUCAGGAUAACAUUGCUUCCAUAAGUUGUGGCCAUAAUUAAUUAAUACUUUAUUUCUCAUUAGGUUUUAAUAAUUUUGCAAUUCUAAAAGCAUGGGUGGAUAUUUACUAGCCAAGAAAGGUAAUGGCAGAUGACAUGAAUGUAACAGAUACUGUUGUACUGAAACCUAUUAUUUAUCUAGACCAGUAGUUCUUAACCCCAAGAUCAGCAAGGGUUUCCAGUGAGUGUCAAUUUUUAAAAAUUAUCUCAAUUAACGUGUUGCUGAUCCAUACCUAGGCCCUAUUUAUAGUAAUUGGAGGCUAAUGCCAGAUUUUAUUCAGCAUAGAGGAGCCCCCAACCAUCAUUGGUUAAAAGUAUGGCAAGGUGGCACCAAAGUCUUUCUGUGGUGGCGACAUCAGAUCUGCUGUUCAUUUCGAAUGCUAGCAAUGUCACUAAUUCAUAAGCCCGUCAUUGAGUAGAAGCUAGUAUACUGUGUCCAGGGCCUGACUCCCAGGUAGAAUCAUUAAUUAUUAGUAGUAUGUCCUGUAUAUAACCCCAUUUUAUUUUGGAUUUUAUCAAAAGUGCAUACAUCAGCAGUUUCAUUUUCUAUUAUGUAAAGUUUUUCUUCAGUUUUCUUUUUUUCUGGCUACAGCAAAAAUAUUAUAGUUUUCUGUUUAACUUGACAUUACAAUAAGUACAGUACCUACUUUCAUAUCAGCUAUCAAUUGUUGAAAGAUUUAUCAUGCAUCUUAUUCAUUGCUGUAUGUUUAUUUACCCAAAAUAGAUAUCAUUAAAAUACCUGAAUGUUGAAAAUAAAGUUUGCGAGGACAUGGGUCGCCAUGGUAGAUUCUGGGCCACUGCCAAAAAAAGUUAAGAACCACUGGUCUACACUGUGUGAUGUAAUUUCUGACUACAUACCCAUGAUUGGACCCUAGUAAAGUUGUUUUGCAUUUUGCAAGUGGAACAGUGAAAAUCAUGAAGGAUUGAUGAAUGGUUUCAUACCUUGCAUAUGUCAUCUUGAACACUAUUUAUGCUUGGGUUGGUGGCUGUUAAUAGUGGCCAACAAGACUUGCCAGUUGAGAUGGAUGUCAGUUACCCUCUAAGACCCCACAAAUUUAAGUUUAGAUUGAGAUGCAUCAUCAUCAUCCACUGACUGUUACUGUGAUGUCAACAUUACCUGUGUAUUCUAGUUAUACUCAACAAAUUCCCAAACCAACAGUAGUCUGUGAUUGUCUUCAAACAUAGUUAAUAAACUUUCAUGAUACAAAAGUUUCUAAAUAAAGCUUUCGACAUGUUUAACUUUUCCUCAUUCAUACCUCUCUUGUCUGGAAUACUGUAUAUGUAAAGUUUUUCGUAAAGACAAAUCUUUAUUUUUUAGCCUAAGGAAUGGAGGCACAUACAAGGUACAAAGUAUCAAAUUGUUUUUCUUAGGGAACCAAAGACAGACAGACAAGGCAUCACCAAUCUCUCCCAGGCACAUGUUAAGGGGCUCCCUCUGUCUUGGAGAAGGUACUGGAAAGGUGUUGAAAGAUUAUAAUACAAAAUUGUAGUGUACUGUACAUCUCAAAUGCACAAGUAUGAUUAAUGUGAAUAUGUAAGUGGUUAGUCAUUUUCUAAUGACUGAUAAAUACAAAACAGAUGCAGCUAAACAUGGAACUACUCUUAACCAAUAUUUUCUUAUUUAGUUUAUUUUCAUUGUCUAGUUUUAAAUGAGAUUACUUACCUUGGAAUGCUGCUGCAAACCCCUACAAUGAGUGAUGUCUAGUUUUGACCAGAAAGAUAUUUGUAUGGGUAGUGUUUAGCCAUGUAUUUUAUGUUGCCAUAUAGCAACUAUUAGGUCUCAGUUAUAGUAUUUCUUUUUUUCAUGUUCCUAUACCAAAAUAAUCCUGUGAUGAAGAUUCUGACUCUGACUUUGGGUAGAAUAACAAUCUGUAUAUAGUAUUCAACAAUCCAAAAGAUAUCUCUCAGACAGAGUGUAAAAUUUUAAAUAAAAUAAACAUGCUUUCCAGAUGA